CAUGUCAUGGACAAUAGCACGGUGCACUUAAUCGAACACCCUCAAGAUUGACGGGCUCUAUCUCUGCAAAGUUUGUGACAACCCCGAUGGUUUAUUCCGACAAUUGUCAAGAACUGUGAUUUCGCCAGACAGGUUACACAAAAAAGCUAGGACCAUGCCUGUAUUUCAUCCAAUAUUUCUGUUUGUUCUGGUAAGCUUCCAAGCAUGUUCCUCUACACACAGCCAGGAGGCUGCCUCCAACAUGGCCCCACCAGAGGCCAUGGAGUAUAACAGAACUGUCUAUGCAGCCUGCAAAAUGAGACCCAGCACCAAACUAGGCGAAGGUCUACCUAACGUGUAUGGACAGGUGCUGUUCAAGCAGGAAUACCCUGAGGGAAGCCUCAAAGUCCUUUUUCUUCUCCAUGGUUUUCCAAGUGACAGUGAUCAUCAGUCAAAAGCCAUCCACAUCCACCAGUACGGGGAUUUCAGCCAGGGCUGCGAUUCCACAGGCGGCCAUUACAACCCUUACAGGGUCCCCCAUCCCAGCCACCCGGGGGACUUUGGGAACUUUGUGGCCCACCAGGGGAGGGUUCACAAGUUGACUGAAUCAAAGGCCACUCUGUUCGGGGGGCUGUCGGUGCUUGGGCGGGCGGUGGUGGUCCAUGAGAAGGCAGACGACCUAGGGCAGGGCGGGGAUGCGGGGAGCCUGCUACAUGGUAAUGCUGGGCGGAGGCUGGCAUGUUGCACCAUCGGGAUGAGCAGUCCCAAACUGUGGGAUAAGCACCAUCAUCGACAGCAGAGAAGAAGGGGAUGAGAAUCGUAGUUUAUUCUUCCCUUUUCUUUCUGAGCUCACCAUCUUUCAUCGCAAGACAACUUUAAUUUCAUUGCUUUCAUUUUAUCCAGAUCUAAAUUACUAAAAUGUUUCCUUCUCUUUUAAAGUCAUGUUUAUCUUUUAUUUUAAGGGAUAGGACAGGUUUACCAUAGCUGAUAGCAAUUCAUGUAUCUUGUAUUAAACUUUGAAAAGACCUUUAUUGAAA